AUGGGCGCCCCUCUGCUCCUCGCCCUCGGGCUGCUCGCCCAGAGCCUCAGUCUGUCCUCAGCGGGCCCCCGGCUGCAGCCCGGCGUCCUGUACCCCUGGCGCCGCGCGUCGGCGCCGGGCCGCGUGCGGAGAGCCUGGGUCAUCCCGCCCAUCAGCGUGUCUGAGAACCACAAGCGCCUUCCCUACGCCCUGGUGCAGAUCAAGUCGGACAAGCAGCAGCCGGGCAGCGUCAUCUACAGCAUCCAGGGCCCCGGCGUGGACGAGGAGCCCCGCGGCCUCUUCUCCAUAGACAAGUUCACCGGGAAGGUGUUCCUCAACGCCAUGCUGGACCGCGAGACCACGGACCGCUUCCGGCUAAGGGCCUUUGCCCUAGACCUGGGCGGGUCCACCCUGGAGGACCCCACGGACCUGGAGAUCGUGGUGGUGGAUCAGAACGACAACCGGCCGGCUUUCCUGCAGGAGGUCUUCCUGGGCCGUGUGCUGGAGGGGGCGGCCCCAGGUACCUUCGUGGCCAGAGCAGAAGCCACAGACGCAGACGACCCUGAGACAGACAACGCGGCGCUCCGGUUUUCCAUCCUGCAGCAGGGUGGCGCCGAGCUCUUCAGCAUCCACGAGCACACGGGAGAGAUCCGCACCGUGCAAGUGGGGCUGGACCGCGAGGUGGUCGCUGUGUAUAACCUGACGCUGCAGGUGGCAGACAUGUCUGGGGAAGGCCUUACUGCCACAGCCUCGGCCAUCAUCUCCCUGGACGACGUCAACGACAACGCCCCGGAGUUCACCAGGGAGGAGUUCUUCAUGGAGGCCCCAGAGGCUGUGGGCGGCGUGGAUGUGGGCCGGCUCCAAGUGGAAGACAGCGACCUGCCCGGCUCCCCGAACUGGAUGGCCAGGUUCACCAUCCUGGAAGGCGACCCUGACGGGCAGUUUGCAGUGCGCACAGACCCCAAGACCAACGAGGGUGUGCUGUCCUUGGCGAAGCCCCUUGACUUCGAGAGCCGCGUGCGCCACGAGCUCACGGUGUCUGUGCAGAAUGAGGCCCCGCUGCAGGCGGCUGCGCCCCGGGCCCAGCGGGGCCAGGCCAGGGUCAGCGUGUGGGUGCAGGAUGCCAACGAGGCCCCAGUGUUCCCGGAGAACCCACUGCGGACCAGCCUGGCUGAGGGGGCCCCACCAGGAACCCUUGUGACCACCUUCUCUGCCCACGACCCGGACACACAACAGCCGCAGAGAGUCAGCUACUCCAAGGACUAUGACCCCGAGGACUGGCUGCAGGUGGAAGGGGCCACUGGCCGCGUCCGGACACAACGGGUGCUGAGCCCAGCCUCACCCUUCCUCAAGGGCGGCUGGUACAGAGCCAUUAUCCUGGCCGUGGAUGAUGCGUCACCUCCCAGCACAGCCACGGGAACGCUGUCCAUCGAGAUCUUGGAGGUCAACGACCAUGCCCCGGCGCUGGCUACCCUGCUCACCAGCAGCCUGUGCAGCGAGCCGGACCAGGGCCCGGGCCUGCUCCUGGGGGCCACGGACGAGGACCUCCCCCCGCACGGGGCCCCCUUCCACUUCCACCUGAGCCCCGGGCUCCCGGAGCUCGGCAGGAACUGGAGCCUCAGCCAGAUUAACGCCAGCCACGCGCGCCUGCGGCCCCGGCGCCCGGUGCCCGAGGGCGCGCACGGCCUCCGCCUGCUGCUGCGGGACUCGGGGCUCCCGCCCCAGCAGCGGGAGCAGCUGCUGAACGUGACGGCCUGCCGCUGCGGGCCCGACGGCGCCUGCCUGCCCGGCGCCGCCGCCCUGCGCGCCGGGGCCGCCGGCCUCAGCCUGGGGGCGCUGGCCGCGGUGCUGGCCAGCGCGGCGCUGACGCUGUCGCUGGUUCUGCUGGCGGCGCUCCGUGCACGGGUCCAGCGGCGAUCCCAGAACAAGGGUCUGCUGCCCGGACCGCCGGACGACCUUCGGGACAACGUCCUCAACUACGACGAGCAGGGUGGCGGGGAGGAGGACCAGGAUGCCUAUGACAUAAACCAGCUGCGCCACCCCUCCGAGCGGAGCACCCUGAGCCUGCCCCUGGGACCCCCGCUCCACCGGGAUGCCCCAUGCAGCCACAUGCGCCUCCAGCCUCCACAAGCGCUGCCUCACAGCCCUGCAGACAUGGCCAAUUUCAUCAGUGAUGGACUGGAGGCUGCGGACAGCGACCCCAGCGUACCACCCUACGACACGGCAUUGAUCUACGACUAUGAGGGUGGAGGCUCCAUGGCCGGGACGCUGAGCUCCAUCCUGUCCAGUGAGGGGGACGAGGACCAGGACUACAACUACCUCCGUGACUGGGGCCCUCGGUUCGCCAAGCUGGCGGACAUGUACGGGCACCCAUGAGGCCGGCACCAGAAGCCAGCACGCUGUCUGGAUGCACCUGUCCAGAGGAAGGGCUCCUGGAGACAGGACCCAGGGCAACCUUACCGUGCG